AUGGUGCUCUGUGCGGUCUGUGGAAGGGCAUUGCUUUCGGCGAUCGCCAGAAGGACGUCAUCGGUGUUGAACCAGAAUGUCAUACUUCUGGUUUCACUUUCACUAGCUGGUCAUAUGAACAUCGAAGAGGCACGUAGGCUAUUUGAAUCCGCUACAAAGCGCCUAGAGUUUGUCUGCCAUCAGCAUCUGGCUCAAGCGGCUCAAUUUCUAUUGGCUGAGAUGGCAGCGGUUGGGAAUACGUUCGAGGAACUCGAAGAUCCGAGCACUCCAUCUGGACGAACAGCAUAUGUGACAGAUAUAGACAUUCCCCUGGAUUUAGUAAACACGUUGAAUAGGCUGGCAGGAGGCAAGACCGUCGUCUCAUGCCGCGAAGUUAGCAAAUUUAUCAAUGAAAAUCUUAAGCGUUACUAUUCAACGAGUGUUUGGCCGGAAAUGGAAGAGGUCCGCAUCGGUAGGGGUAGUAGCAUUGUCAAGAAUUUCGAAGAAGGAGGGGUGAGGGGUGUGUCAGAAAGGCCAUGCUCCAUUACAUCAAACGAGAACUCCGUCUCUGAAGAAGACGAGGAAAAUCCAACCAGCUCUGUUCUCGAAGAGAACACGGAUGUGUAUGUAACUGAUGACGAAUCCGAAAGUUGCUUUUCAACUUCCUCUUCUGUCGAGGAUACGGAUCCACAUGCCUUGAGCCAAAACUUUCUCGUCAAAGGGAACGUCUUAAUGAAGUUGUUCAAGUUCUGCCCCAGAUGUGGGUCUAAACUGGCGGGGGCACAUUUGGAGGCCGUUGGAACGGCUGCUGUAGUCAAGUUCAACUGCAAACAAUGCAGCUCGACUGAAAUGAACUGGUCUUCUGAAAGGAAUAUCGAUUCAUAG